AUGGUCGAAGCUAGCAAGUUCUGGUUUGAGCAGGCCUGUAGUAGUGCUCCUUGCAAUGUUUUAAUACACCCAUGGACUCCUAAAUGUAGUGAUGCUACAACAACAAUGUUACUCAGUUGUAUAAAAGGGAGUUAUAAAUUUUAUGCAAUGGUUUAUCUCAUACAAAUAUUAAUGAGAGGUAAAAAACUCGGUAAAAAGGAAAUGAAAGAACAGUUCAAAUUGUAUUUAAAAUCUGGUAUAUUUGGCCUCAGUGUUGGAAGUUCAUUUGUGACAUUGAAUUGUAUAUUUAGGAAAUUAUUCUUCAGUCAGUUUAAUUAUUACACAACUGUUCUACUACCAUGUACCGUGAGUGGGGUUGCGGUGUAUUUAGAGCCCCCUCAUAGGAGAGUUUUGGUUGUCAACCUAUUUGUUAAUCUGGUCUUUGAAUACUGGCAAAGGACAUUAGAAAUGAAAGGGUGGCUCAAGAGGUCUGUCAGUAGAGAGACACUCAUAUUUAUGUUUGGUAGCGCCAUCUUAUUCUAUCUCAUGAGAUUGGAAAGAGAGAACAAUAAACGAACACCAUUAUUCUGGUUCUUUACACCACCCCGAGUGUCAAAAGAGGUUGGUGAACCUGUUCCUGGUGUUGAAGGUAGGAGUGCGGCCUGCCCUCACAGAGGACCUUGUAUGAAUUAUGUUUUUAGGGGUGCAGCUCAGCUGUUUGGCGUCGGAUGUCUCAUGACGGCGCUACGUACAAUCAUACCAAGGCUAUUGACCCCAACGAAGGCUUUGAAAUCUUUGAAGCUGUCACAUCUGAAGCUCGGCCUGUUCUUUGGUGGAUAUAUAGGAAUAUACAGGUUAGUGAUAUGUCUUCUAUGUCGUGCGAACGGCAGGGACAGCGCACUAUAUGCUCUCCCGGCUGGUUUCCUUGCUGGCGCCGCGUUCAGGGCAUCACCAUCUACUCCGAUAUCAUUGGCGCCUGUCACCUCAUCGCUACAGAUACUCUUCUCAUGGCUGUACCAAAAAGGAAAAAUACCAGAGAAUUGGCCAUUGAUUGAGAUCCUAUACUGUUUGUGCCAAGGACUCCUGUUUCAUGCUAGAGUGAUGCAUGAAGACGUUUGCCCAAAGUACAUAGUGAAUUUGAUGCACACGGUCACAAGCAAUAAGUGA